AGGUAUUUAAGAAAGAGAAGAAGAGGAUGAUGAUGACUCUGCUCCCCUAGUUUAGAACUGAAAGGGUUAGAUAGGAAGAGGCUCAGUCAGUAAAAGGCACCGGCGGACACUCGGUCAUCGUAGUUCAGGCCUGCUGGCGCGUCGACACCCGUGGAUUUUCUUUGUGGUGAGAGACGACUGCAGAAAAAAGGGGGUGCGCGAGCUGUGGCUGCCUGUCUGGCCGUGGUACUCGCGGUCAGGCACGCACCGGCCUCGCCAGAAGGAAAUAGGGGGAAUCUUGCAGCAGCCCGGCGCAUUGGCGGAGGAGGGGGUGAGCGCGCGCACGCAAUGUGUUUUUUAGGGUAAAGAAGCGACUACGAGCCCCAGACUGAGCAGUCCCCGUCAGACUGGUGCUGUAGGUGGGCUUUGAAUGUGAAAGAUUUAUGGCGCAGCCGCUCAAGAUUUAUGGCUUUCCCAAAACGGCCACGGAAGAGCGUGCUGUCUCUUUUACAUUAUGUUACCGAGACUUGUAGAUGGACAGGAAAGAGUUAUAUCUAAAUUUCGCCUAAUUGACUUGAAUUAAUUUUCAUUAGCUGUUUUAGUUCCCUUUUGAGUACGAAAGAUUCUUAGCAAAAAAGCGACACUGUCUUGUCCGGCUGCGCGUAAUUACGCACUUGCAGUUUUUCAAAAAAUCGUCCACUCUUUUCCAAGAAGGCGCUGUCUGGUCUUCCUUACACCCGUAAAAAGAGGCUGCAUCCAGGGGAAAUAGCCAACGUAGUACCGUCAGAAGAUCCAGGAGGACAGAGCCGCCGAGACAGAGCAGUUCUUCGGAGCUUUCUGGACGCCGUUUUCUUCCAUCAAAACAUCAGGACGUAACAGAGCCUCUUCCGGUCAGAUUGCAGGGGACCGUUGGAGAGACACCGUCACGUGACCCCCGGUACCAAAUGGUCUUCCGGCAGUGGCUCUCAGCAAGGACCGGAGCACAAGAAGACGCCGCCACUUCUCUCAGAAAUGCAGAAAACAACAUAUUACGACAACUCCUCAACGCUUUUUGGUGGCUACUCAUCCUACCAGGUGCAGGGGACGACUACAGCCGCCAAUGGCUUUGGGGGCUAUGAUGCCCCAGUCCCAGUGUCCCACCACCAGCCGGCCUUUCAGUCGGCAGCCCAUCUGGAUGUGGAUUCAUACCAGCGCUCUGCCUGUUCUUUACAAGCGCUGGGCAGUAACAGCAGCCACCAGCAGCAGCAGCAGCUAGCCAAAACCAAGGAGCUGAAUGGCAGCUGUAUGCGGCCCAGCCUGCCGCCCGAACACCAUCCCAGCUCCCAGGUGUCCCCUCCACUGCCCCCCAACUCCAGCAACAGUAAUACCGGGGCUCAACAGCCGGGGGGCAGUGCUGGGGCCUCCUCAGUCUCUAAAUCAGGCCCUAAUAAGUCGUCUAAUUCCUCCUCCUCUACAUCCUCCUCCACGUCGGCUUCCUCCUCACUGCCCCCCAACCCAACCCUGGCCAAGCAGAUCUUCCCCUGGAUGAAAGAGUGUCGGCAGACGACCAAGCAGAAAAACUGUUCACCCAGCAACAACUCUGGCAACGCAUCAGGGGGAGCUGACAGUGGGAGCAGUGGGGAGAAGAGUCCCACCAGCGGGUCGUCAGCAUCAUCAAAGCGAGCUCGUACAGCAUACACCAGUGCCCAGCUGGUCGAGCUGGAGAAGGAGUUCCACUUCAACCGGUACCUGUGCCGGCCACGGCGGGUGGAGAUGGCCAACUUACUCAACUUAUCAGAACGCCAGAUCAAGAUCUGGUUCCAGAACCGACGCAUGAAGUACAAGAAGGACCAGAAGUCCAAGGGUCUGAGCUCCAGCUCUGGAGGACCAUCACCAACCGGCUCGCCACCCCUGCCCAUGCAGUCCACCGCCAGCUUUCUCAACUCAAUGCAUCCCAUGGCGGGGGGAGGUGGGGGAGGUGGGGCUGGGUAUGACGCCCCAUCUCCACCGUCCUUUAGCAAGCACCAGGGAGUGUCUUACUCCAUGUCCACUGCCUACUCCAAUGUCCCCAUGAAGGGCUGCCCCCCCCAGCAGAAGUAUGGUGCUCCAGACCCGGACUACGGUGACCCUCAUCCCCACCAUGGAUUAGUACAGGCCAACAGCGCUGGAUAUGGGACACCCACCAACAUGCAGGCCAGUCCGGUGUAUGUGGGGGGUGGCAGCUAUGUGGAAUCCAUGCCUGGCUCGGGGCCUUCCAUGUACGGGCUAAACCACCUCGGUCCUACGCCACCCCACCACCAAACCAUGGACUAUAAUGGCGCAGGGCCAAUGUCGGCCACCAACCAGCACCAUGUGGGUGGAGGGGGCCCUGCAGGUCCCUGUGACCCCCCCACACACCCGACAUACACUGAGCUGUCGGCACACCACACCUCGACUCAGGGCAGAAUCCAGGAAGCACCCAAGCUCACUCACCUGUAGCAGGUUUGGAAUAAAAUGACAACGUAGGCAGUAGAAGAAGACGACAUACAAGAAAUAACAUGACACGACUCACUAACAGACUAACAUGUGGGGAGUCCACUGCUGCAACGAGAUGGUGGAAGAAACAGGAGGGACCAGCCCAGUGGUUUUUCCUGUGCUUUUGGAAGGGGGGGAGUCACUGUCCUGGUGUUAUACAAUCCCACCCAGUUCCCACUGCCAUUAUUAGAUCAGAUUACAACCACAACUCUCAUCAGCCCUGUCUCCAUAGAAGUGUCAUGUGAAUUUGAAAGAACCUCACAAAAAAGAAAAAGUUUCCAUAUUGAGGUUAAAAAAAUGAGGCUGCACAGUGUCAUAAGAUGCAGAGAUAAGCUACAUUAGUUGAAUGGACAGAGUAGAAGAAGGGCAUUCUGGCAAUAUUUUCCAUCUAAAAUAGCUUUUUUUCAGACAUGAUACAGGAGCAAUACAUUUAACCAUCAGUUCACACUACCAUUUGCUAUUUCUAGCCAUAUUUUCGCACUUUAUAGGAAUAUGCAAGAUAACGCCAAGGAAACAGUUGAUCACUUGUGAGUUAAAUGUUCACUAGAAUAAAACUUAUUUGAAAAAAGUCAUUGCAUCUUGUAGACCAGGGUUGUCAAAACUGGCCCGCCAAACGUUCCAAACCGGCCUGUGAGGAGAAUUUGUGAAAUGCAAAACCUAGGGUAUGAAAAUCAUUUUGGUUGAGGUUCCAUAUACGAGUUAAAAUACUGUCAUAAUAACCUCUCAAUAAUGAUAACUCCAAAUUUUCCUCUUGGUUUAAUGUUAAAAAAGUAACAUUACAUUGUAAAAAUGUUUAAAGUUACAAACUAUCAUCAACUAUCAACAUUUCAACUAAGUUUAAAUCUGUUACAAACAGAUUGAUAAUUUUUUUCCAGAUUUGCUGCCUCCAUCAACUUAUUCUAUCCUUUUCUUCAAAAUUGCAUAAAAAUACACUAAUGGGUGUUUAGCAGUUACCAGCUUUAAGUUACAACUUAAGUGACUUGAUCGUUUUCUGCUUUUGACCCUGGCAUGACGGGAAACAUUUGAGGAUUCUAAUAUAUGAGAGUUCUUUUGCAAUAAGCUGCCCAUUCAAAGCUUAAUGAUUAGUGAACAUUAUCAGUGAUCAACUUCAACCAUUUCAUAUUAAAUGUAUACUUAAGUCUGCAUAGAUUUGUUGGUGGCAGGGCAGUGAAGCAUACUGUAGGUGUAGGAGACAAGGUGCAGUCAAUUGUCCUCACACCCACUGAGGACAAUAAAUGUCAGGGAGCUUGUCUUGUGGCGCUGGUGCACAAACGUAUUGGCAGCUGCACGCCAUAACAAGACGUAUGGGGAGCACCACUGUUCAGUCAGUAUUAAGUCUACAACUAAUGAGUAUUUUCUCUCUUAUUUUCUUGAUUAGUUCUUUCAUCUAUAUAAGGUUGAUGGUUCCCUCAGCUCAAGGGACAAUAUCCUGUUUGGUCCAAAACCCAAAGAUAUUCCAUUUAAUAUCAAAGAGGGGGAAAGAAUGUUCAAUUUAAGAAGCUAGAGUAAGAGGAUUUAGACAGUUUUCUCCAAGAGCCCUUAUCAAAAUUAUUUCAAAAAGUAUAAGAACAAUCUUUGUAGAAUUAUCUUUUAAUGCUUCUUCCAAGUGUUUCUCAAGCAUUAUUGGACUUUUUCAAACUGAUUUUGUGUGGGUGAAGCAAAUGAAGGCCUGGUUCUGCUAACAAGUAGUAAAACAGCUUGUAAUGGCUCAGUCAGAGCUAGUGUGUGGUUUAAAAAUGUACUUUGAUAAUAAAAUCCCCCCCUUAAGACACAUGCAACACAUAUACAAACAGCUCUCCCGCCUGGUAAAUGAAAUAGUUGAGAUUUUAAUGGGCAGUUAACGAGGUGCUUAGAUUUAUGACGCCGAGCUCUUUCCCCCCUCCAGGCAACACAUGUUGUUGUCAGCUAAGCUGAGCUAUGUGGAGGGCUCUGCCACUCCAUCAGCCCGAGAGAGUGAGAGAGAGAGUACAGAAAUAUAUGGCUUGCGCUAGCAUCCUUGUGAUCACCCAACAGACCCCCACCACCCAAAGCACUUCAAAACCACUGGACCAGCCUCUUCCUGUGCUGCCUCUCUUCACCUUCUACCGUAUUGUACCUGUCUACAACAGACUGAAUCACUACUAAUACACCAUCCUCUUGUCUGUGGCACCGUCAUGGCUUCUGAGGGAGCCUUCAUUACCCACAGUCCCCCAACUCUUCUUCCCUCCCCAUACAUAUGCACUCACCCCCUUUCUCAUCACUUUUACAGGGUUUAAUAGCUCGAAAGGUUUAAGUAGCUCACAGUCAGCACACCAAUCUGUGCUAAAUUCUAUUAGCUAAUCACUCAUACACAGAGAUGCUAAGCUAAGCUAAGCUUCUUUUUCGUUGACACAAUUUUGCAGCCAGCUGUUGACAUCUUCAAACAAACACAUGAGAGGAUGUGAAAGAGAAAUUUUUAAUGUUCCUUUUUUAGCACAUCAUCGACACAGGGUAAAUAUAAGAGUGGAGAACACUAUUUAUUUAUGUUUGGGUAAGUCAUUACCCUCCUCUCUCUCUUUCCUCUCUAUUUCUCUCUCUCUCUUUAUCUAUCAGUUUGGAAGGGUGUACUCUUACAUUAGUGGACGGCAAUGCGUAAAAGUCCCCAUUUAUUUUUUUUGUUUUGUUUUUUUUGUUUUGCUUUUUUUUAACUAUUGUUCUCACAUAUCUUGACUUUUAACGUGGAUACAGGGUAUAUAUUUGAACAAAAAUGCAUGUCCCAGACUCAGAGCCACUGUGUAUCUCACAUUUUAAAACAGCUGGUUGGUUUGUUUGAACAGUGUGUGAGAACAGUCGGAGAGAACACACACAAACACACAAAAAGGACCCUCAGACUUUUUGACUCAAUGUUCACAACUGAAGCUGUGUGUGUGUAUGUGUAUGUGUGACCCCGACUGCACUCACUCAUGUUCUGGAAAUAAACCUGUCCGACGGUUUUUUAAACUGCAGACUUACACAAUAGGCUCGUCACCUCUGGGCAUCAUUGUUGCACUUAGAGUUUACAUUUUGAUGGUUAAAGGUAAAAAAUAAUAAUAAAAUCUUAUUUUGAAGACGGAAGGCCCUCCAAUCAAAGCGUCUUUCGGCCAAUGUGUGUUCAAGUGAACAUUCAUAUAUAAAUAUUUAUUUGUUAUAGCCAGUUUAAAAAAGACUUUCUGUUUUGUAUUAUUAUUUAUCCUUCAUGUAUUUAUAUUGAGAAAAAAUACUGUACUUUUUUAGUAUUUACCUGUUAUGAAAGAAAAAAAACAAAGUUGUGUUUCUUCUUGUCCAUUGUACUGAAGUUACAUUUUUUAGUUCUUGUAUUCUAGAAGAAAAAUAAGUAGUUUUUAUGUUCCUAUAAAUGACCCUUGUACAUAAAUGUCUUGGCUUGUACAGGGAAAAAGGCAUGGAUGGGGAUUGGUUACCCAUCCAUGCAUAGUUGAAAAAUUUAAACAAACUAUUAGCUGGAAAAAACAAGUCUUUUGGAGAAAACAACUUCUUUCUUUGUCCUUUGUAGCUCCUUUUCUUUCAUUGUUGAGAGAGUUGUCUGUCGAACAAUUCUUUAAUAAAAAUGUUAUGUUAUUCAGAGUAAUCGUUGAUUUCUUAACAGAAAGUUGACUCAUGGCUU